AUGGCCUCGGGUACGCGUUCGCCAACUUUUUUGAGCGCCGCUGCGGCCGAGAGGUUCGUGCAGCUGAUCGUGCUCGGCGGGCUCUCGGGAUUCGCGGCGGGCUCUGCUCUUCGCGUGUUUCCCUCGAAGAAGCAGGGGCUGGCGGAGUGCCUCCUCUCCUGGUGCAGGGGCCACUCGCGCAGCGUGCGAAGCGCCAAGGUGUUCCCCUUCGUGCGGCCGCUCAACGCGACGAUGCUGGUCAACCCAUACCUCGAGAUGCCGCCCAGCGGACCGCCCGCCAUGGACGUCCCGAUUCCCGCAUUUGUCUCCCGCGGGCAAAUCGUCGAGUUCUGA